AUGGCAAAAAUCGCUAUUAUUACAUAUUCAACCUAUGGUCAUAUUGACAAUUUGGCAAAGACUAUUCAAAAAGGUAUAGAAGAAGCUGGUGGUAAAGCUGAUUUAUUCCGUGUUCCAGAGACUUUAUCAGAUGACAUCUUAACCAAAAUGAAUGCUCCUGUUGCUAAAGCAUCUAUCCCUGUUGCCACUGCUGAAACUUUAAAAGAAUAUGAUUCCUUCUUAUUCGGGGUUCCAACAAGAUUUGGUUCUUUACCUGCUCAAUGGGCCGCUUUUUGGGAUUCUACUGGAGCUUUAUGGGCUGAAGGCGCCCUUUAUGGUAAAAUAGCCGGGUUUUUCGUUUCUACUUCUUCAUAUGGUGGUGGUCAAGAAGAUACCGUUAGAAAUUGUCUUUCUUAUAUUGUUCAUCAUGGUAUGUUAUAUAUUCCACUUGGUUAUAAGAAUGCUUUUGCUGAAUUGGCAAAUGUUGAAGAAGUUCACGGUGGUAGUGCUUGGGGUGCAGGUAUUCUAGUAGGUUCUGAUGGUUCUAGAGCUCCAUCUGCUAUAGAAUUGAAGAUUGCUGAAAUUCAAGGUAAAACUUUCUAUGAAACUGCAAAGAAAUUCUUCCCAGAAGAUGAGACUACUACUACUGCUGCUGCUGCCACUGGCACUAAGAAAGAUACCACUGCUGAUAAAGGUGCUUCAAAAUCAGCUGCAAAGAGACAAACUACUAAACCAGCUGAAACAAAAAAAGAAGAUGAUAAGAAGAAAGAAAGUUCCUCUAUGAUGGACUGUUGUACUCUAAUGUAA